UGGGGCGGGCCGGAUGGAAAGGCGGAGGUGCUGUGCAGGGCUGGGAAGGCAGAGGGGCUGUGAGACCCUAAGGAGGUGUGGGAAGAACACAAAGCGGAUUGGAGAAGAGGGAGAGAGAGACAGAAUUGUUCCCUGAUCUUUCACACUGGACCCUAUCCCCUCCCAGAGCCAUGGAUAGAACCCCAGAGUCCUGGCUCCCACCCCACUCUCCCCGUUCCAGCUCACUAGAUUCUACUCUUCACCCAGAACUGGGGAUAGAACCCAGGAGUCCUGGCUCCCAGUCUCCCGCUCUCGCUAUUAGAUCCCACUCCCCUCAGAAUUCAAUCUUGGUCUUGUGUACCAUGCUGUUGGGGGAUGCUUUCCCAGUAGCGUUGGGUUCCCGUCGGGGGGUCUCAGGGUCCCAGCUCCGAGGAUGGGGCCUGUGUAUCGAACACCCCGGGGGGGGCUGGGUGUGACUGAGAUUUAAUCUAGAACAGGAAGGGGCCGCAUUUCACAGGAGUUGUCUCACCCAGGGACGUACCCAGAACAUGCAGAUAACACAGGACCCCUCAUGAAUAUUGACCUGCUCUAACCACUAGACCCCACCCCCAUCCAAGAACCGAGGACAGAACCCAGGAGUCCGAUCUCCCAGUGCCCCCCGCCCCCACUCCAAACCACUAGACGCCCCCACUCCUUGGCUGGGAGUUGUAUCAUUUGUGACUCAGCAUUUGUUCUGAGCUAACAGCGCUGGGUUAUCUCUGGAUCGUGGUGCAGCCCGUAUCAGGAAAGGACUUGUGCAAAAUACAGGCCCUUCCUCUUCUCAGGGGCACGCCUCAAUAGAAGAGCUUCUGGCCAAGCAUCUAGUUCAUUACAGCAGGGGGGCUGGGAGCCAGGACUCCUGCCUUCUAUGCCAGGCUCUGGGAGGAAGUGGGGGCCAGUUUUAAAGCAAUGGCUGUUGCUUAGGUGAUUUCGCUGCUAAGACAGUGAUGGAUGAUCAUUUCCGUUCAUGGUUUGCAGCUUGUGGAUCUCAGGGAGUAGGUGGAGGUGGAGCAUGUAGAAGACACAGAGUUAAGGGGAGUGAACUCAACACACAGGGGAGGGCUCCGGCGUGCUGGGGACAGAGUCACGUACGCUUUCCUGGGCAAACACACACGAUCGAAGUUUCUCUCUGCGCUGGGUCCUGCAUUUCCCAGGGUACCAUGGACACGACUCUCCCACCAACCACUGGGGAAAAUUCCAGCCAUACCCCAGCAGCUGCGAGCUCCGCUCACCUGGCCUCUGCAAUGUUGCUCUUCGCCACCUUCCUGGUGGGUGUGGUGGGGAACGGGCUGUACCUGUGGGUGCUAGGACUGAAGAUGGGGAGGACGGUGAACACAGUCUGGUUCCUCUCCCUGGUCUCCUCGCACCUCCUUCUCACCCUGCUGAUCCCCUUCUUCAUCGUCUCCCUCAUCAUGGAUUUAGACUGGGUUUUCGGCACAGCCAUGUGCAAGAUCCUCAAUACCUGCAUCUCUCUGGGCAUGUUCUCCUCUGUCUUCAUUCUCACACUCAUCAGCCUGGACCGCUACACCCUCACUCACCACCCCAUCUGGAGCUGGAUUCACCGCACCGUGCCCCGGGCUAGGAAGCUGGUUGUGGGCGUGUGGCUGGCCUCCUUCUGUAUCAGCACUCCCUACCUGGCUUUCCGGGAGACCCGGGUGGUGGACGGGGGCAGAAUCAUCUGCAUUAACAAUUACGCCCUCUCCAGAGACUGGAAUGGAGCCGAGCCACAGGGGCUGGGGAGACGGGUCCACGUGGCUGUCUUCACAGUCCGGUUCCUGCUGGGCUUCCUGCUGCCCUUCUGCACCAUCACGGGAUGCUAUGUCCGCGUGGCGCUGAAGCUGAAGGAGAAGAAGCUGACGUGGGCUGGGAAGCCCUCCAAAGUCAUGGUGGCUGUGAUGGUUUCCUUCUUUCUUGGCUGGCUGCCCUACCACCUCUACCACGGCUUGAAGCUCUCCAAGAAGGAGGUGCCAGAGUCAGUGAUGGGCACCCUCUUGGUCAUUUACACCUUCACGUCCUGCUUCAAUGCCUGCUUCAGCCCCAUCCUCUAUCUCUUUGUGGGAGAGAAGUUCUGGCAGGUCUUCAGGACGUCUUUUCUCACUCUGGUCAAAGCGGCUUUUGUCGACGAUCUCGGCAGCAGUGCCUCCGAGUCUCGUGGAAGAUAUGAGAACGCACAACAGGUGUGAAGGUUCCUUCCCCACUCUAAAUUCGAGGGUACAGAUAUGGAGACCUGCAUGAAAACUUCCUAAGCUUACUUGUACCAGCCGAGGUUAAAACUUCCCCAAGGUACAAACUAUUUUACCUUUUGCCCUUGGACUUUCGCUGCCACCACCAAACAUUAAACCGGUCUUUUUGCUCUGUGAUUGUAUAAUGACUAGCACAUUGGGGUCGUGGGCCAGAACUGGGGCUCCCAGCUGUACCGAAAUAAAAAAUAAUAAUAAAUAAUCAUUCCCAGGCAUUCCUUGAACUACAUAAAUUCUGUGAGUUUUGUGGGGCAACUCAGACAUAAUUUACAAACACCACGUGACACGCUCACUGGGAUAUUUCGUGUGGGGAAUCUCUGGCUUAGCUUAACAGCAGCUGGUAAGGAGAGCAAGCCCGCAGAACGAAGAGCGGCUCCAAAGAAACCCCCUGCCCGUGAACAUUCAGGGUGGUGAAGAGGUAACGUCCAAGCUAGUAACUGAGGUGCUGUAUGGAAUGUGGGUGAUCACUUCUAAUAUUAUGGAUACCGAUAUUACACAUUUGCAUGAAUC